UUUGGACACUGAGGUAGUGAAACCCAAUCUGGAACAAUACCAAACCAAAGGGAUAAGGCUAGAAAAGACUGGCAGUCCAGUCUCCUGUAGGGUCCCGUCAAACAUCUAGCCAAGAACCCCAGCUAUUACUCUUGCCUGAAGAUAUUUUUUAGAUGGUUUGGAUUUGAAAAGGCACCUGAUGGAGAAAUUCCAGGCCGCAAUGCUCCUUGGUGCGGUAGGAGAUUCACUGGGAUACGGCAAAGGCCGCUGGGAAAGCUGCAUGUCAGGGUCUCAGAUACAGAAAGAGCUCUCAGCUCUUGGGGGACUGGCAGCCCUUAAACUCGAUCCAGAAAACUGGCCUUUGAGUGACGGAGCUCUGAUGCACAUGACCACAGCGGAGGCUCUUGUUACAGACUAUUGGUGUCUGGAAGAUUUGUACAGAGAAGUUGUGCGUCUCCUUGUGGCAGCCAUGGUGUCCCUUCAAGGCCGAACUCCUGACCCCAGCACAGUAGAAACUUGUGCCUGCCUCAAACCUGACAACUACCUGCUGGCCUGGCACACGCCGUUUAAUGAAAAAGGUUCUGGUUUUGGAGCCUCCACAAAGGGUAUGUGUGUGGGCAUGCGCUACUGGCAGCCUGAAAGACUGGAAAACCUGGUGGAAGUGGGCAUUGAAAUAGGCCGGAUGACCCAUAACCAUCCCAUAGGCUUUUUGGGAUCUCUUUGUACUGCCCUGUUUGCCUCAUAUGCAGUCCAAGGCAAGCCGGUGGUGAACUGGGGCCGUGAUCUCAUGAAGGUGAUCCCCAAGGCUGAAGAUUACUGCAGGAAGACUAUACGCCACAUGGCAGAAUACCAGGAGAAAUGGUUUUACUUUGAAGCCAAGUGGCAGUUCUAUUUGCAGGAGAGAGGGAUUGAAGAGGAAGGACAGAACAAGCCUCUUUUUCCUAAUUCAUAUGACGCAGAUGAGACAGAUAAGGUGUAUAAGAGCUGGAGCUCUGAAGGCCGAGGAGGGCAUAGGGGCCACGAUGCACCCAUGAUCGCCUAUGAUGCUCUGCUGGCUGCAGGCUCAGACUGGGGAGAACUGUGUAAACGGGCCAUGUUUCAUGGAGGAGAGAGUAGCGUGACAGGUCUGAUUGCUGGCUGUCUCUAUGGCCUGCUUUAUGGCCUGAACCAAGUACCUCCAGGACUAUACCAAGACCUGGACAAGAGGGAGAAAUUAGAAGAGCUUGGAGCCAAACUGUACCACAUGGCAGCUGCAGAAAAGUAUAUAGAGAAGUAACACUGUGCUCCUCACCUCCUUGUUCACACAGGAAGUUCACAUGGUUCCCAAGCCGCACAGCUACACACCCCUCCUGUACCUGUUCUCAGUGUUCUAUUCUCUCUGACACCUCCAUCCUUUGUCAGUUAA